UUUCAACGGGCUGAGCUGAACGUGCAAUUUGCAAAUAAGAACGCGCGCGUUCGUCUGUCAUUUUGAUAUUGCUUUUUUUGUCCUUCAGAAAUCUUAUAAAUUAAAGUAGCAUAGCUCGGUCAAUACGCAAUUUCUACAUUUUUCUCGCAUAUCUUACCGUUAGUCUCCUUCAUUUACUGAAAGGCGAUUGAAACUGCAAUAAUCAAGACUGCAAUAAAAAAUUGAAACAAUAAAAAAGAACAUAAAGAGUAAAUUAAUGCAAAUAGAUCAUUGCCCGAAAAGAUAAACAGCUUUCUUCGUAAAAAUAAGUAUGAUGUCUUCGCUGAAACUUAAAGAUGAUCAACGCUUCGCACUUAUGAAGUUCAGACGAAACGUAAAAGAUAUUUUACAGCCGCUCUACGAUGAUCAGUUUCUACUACGAUGGUUAAGAGCUCGAAAAUGGGAUGCUGUUGCUGCAGAAAAAAUGUUAAGAGAUUCACUUGAAUGGAGAAAACGAUGGGAAGUUGAUAAACUUAACGAAUGGGAAAUUCCUCAAAUUUUGAAAGAUUAUCUUCCGCACGGUCUCUCUGGGUACGAUAAAGACGGUGCACCUGUUAUCAUAAUGCCAUUCGCUGGUUUAGAUUUAUAUGGAAUUUUACACGUUGUAACUCGUCGUGAAAUGAUUAAAGCAACAAUUAAAUUAUUAGAGUACUAUUUGCGAAUUUGUAAAGAGCAAAGCAAAAAAUAUGGAUUAGAAGCUGGACAGUGCACAGUUAUUUUUGAUAUGGAAAAUUUUAGUCUCAGAGAAUAUAUGUGGCGACCUGCUGGAGAACUGGUAAUAAUGUUAAUUCAAAUGUACGAAGCAAAUUAUCCAGAAAUUUUAAAAAUUUGUUAUAUUAUUAAUGCACCAAAGGUAUUUUCUCUUGCAUUUACAAUUGCGAAAAAAUUUAUGAAUGAAUAUACAUUAUCGAAAAUUCAAAUAUAUAAAUCUGAUCCUGUAAAAUGGAAAACAGCCAUAUUACAAGUUAUUUCUGAAGACAAUUUGCCAGUAUAUUUAGGUGGAACAUUGAUGGAUUCUGAUGGAAAUUCAAGAUUAACAUCAAAGAUUUGCCAAGGUGGUAGAAUUCCGAAAAAUUUGUACACAAAAAAAAAUGAUAAAACAAAUGAAUUAACAACUGUAACUAUUAAGAAGGGCGACAAAUUAAAACUUGAUUUUCAUCUAAUAGAAGUUGGAUCGUUAUUGAGUUGGGAAUUCCAUUCUGAUGAUCAUGAUAUUAAAUUUGGAGUUUUGAAGAAAACAAAUGAUGGAUUCCAAACAGAUAUAAUUCCACUUCAUAAAGUUGCUGCUCAUCAGUUUAACGAAGUUGGUAUUGUUACUUGUGAAGCUCCUGCUGUUUAUUCUAUUGUGUUUGAUAACAGUUAUAGUUUACUUAGAAAUAAAAAAGUACACUAUUGUAUACGCAUACUUCCUCCAGCAAUGAUAGAUGAAUCUUCUUUAGCUAAAUCAUAAGUUUUCAUUUUGUAAAUAAGAAAAUAAAUUACAAUAAUUAAUUAAUCUAUAACAAAAACAGC